GGGAUGUUUCUGAAACAGUGGAAAGUUGUCACGUGAAAAACACCGCGGAGGUAGAGCGUUGUCUGCGAACGACUUAACUAUGCGCUCAGAGUCGGGGGAGUUUCAAUUUCGCGAUCAGUUCGCGUCUCUGGCAAUUGGUAUUGUUUCGAGUGAUUAUGUCCUCAAUUGGAACUGAUAUGACGCGCAUCUGGUAAGACGAGACCGGAAAACGUAGGUAUCUUUCACUUGCGACCUCACUUGCGCUUCCCGCGCGGAUACCGAGUGAGAGUAAACAAAAAGGAGCGCAUCAGCGUUAGUGAAAGGCUACGAUGUCAACGAUGGCCACGGCCACUUCCGGGAUCGAUAGGAAGCCUUCUAUUUCAGGAUCUGGUGCAGUGCGCUCCAGCACGCGAUACAGCCAGCAGACCGAACCGUCCUCACCACAUACCCCUCGACACUCGCAUCAUCGGUCAAUAGUGUCCUUCUCUCAGACGUCGACGUCGUCGCCCGGUUCUUCGUUUCGGAAUGAAGAAGACGCAGUCAUAUUCGAAUUCGGGACACGAUGGCUAAGAGCGGGAUUUGAGGGUGAUAGUGCGCCUAUCUGCAAGGUUGGUUUUGGUCCGGAGGAAUCAAGAAAGGCCGGUGAUUACAGAGGAUGGAUAAAGACUCCAGGUGGUGGGAAUGCGGGAGACAGAAAGCGAUCAAUGAAGGCAGAGGAGUGGACGCGACGAUAUGAACUUUGGCGAAUGGAUCUACGAGAUGUUGAUCUGGCCCUGGUCGACGAUAAGAUCGAGCGCGCCGUUCGAGAGAUAUACAACAACUAUUUGCUCACAGAUGCUGGCAACUCGCGACUGGUCUUGGUCAUACCUUCGAUCGUACCUCAUCCGUUACUGUCCUCCGUACUCUCCACCCUCUUCAACCGUUGGAGAUAUCCGAGCAUCACACUUCUCCCGUCACCUACGAUGGCCGCGGUAGCAGCAGGGCUGCGCUCAGCUUUGGUGGUGGAUCUAGGCUGGGCAGAGACCACCGUCACUGGUCUCUACGAAUACCGCGAGAUCGAGACGAAACGAAGUACUCGAGGCAUGAAGCUGUUGAUGCAGGAGAUGGGAAGAUUUCUCACUGCAUUGGCUGAGAAGCGUGACCAGGAGACAGACGAGAAUGAUAGGAUAUCCGUCGGGUUCGAUUAUUGCGAAGAGGUCGUCAGCCGAUUCGCAUGGUGCAAGCUUCGUGAUGAACCCGAACCAAGUCCAGACACUCCUCGUACGCCUAGCUUCAGAAUGGCCUCGAUUCCGUCGCCUUCUAACCCCUCCGUGUACAUCGAGGUGCCGUUCUCGAGGUUCGCUGACCAGGUGGAUAUCGCGCUCUUUGCCGAAGGCGUAUCUGACUGGAACUUGGACGACCAAGAGAAGCCCAUUGACGAACUUGUAUAUCGCACUCUCCUUGCGCUUCCACCCGACGUUCGCGGAUCAUGCAUGUCGCGAAUCAUCUUCACCGGUGGCGGUGCCAACAUCCCUGGAAUCCGGCGCCGGAUCCUGCAAGACGUCUCUUCCCUCGUCCGUCGCUACGGUUGGAGUUCCAUCCGCGGUAGGGUGAUUGACGAGCAGCGCAAAAAGCUCCAAGGCCUCAGCAUCAAUCAACAAUCCCAUCAGUCAUCAUCGUCCUCUGCACAUCGACCGCCCUCUUCUUCCUCCUCCGUCACGAUUCCGGAUACGUUCAACACUGAUGCCGACCAUAUCCAGCAGGAAGAGCUCGAUUUCGUCGAACAGAAGCUUCGUCGCACACGCAAGGAUCUGCAUGGACCUCCUGUCCACGGUAUCUUCCGCCAGGUCGAUACCUUAGGUCCCUGGGCCGGGGCCAGUCUCGUGGCCAGUAUGAAGCUUCGCGGUCUCGUAGAGAUCGAGCGGGAGAAGUUCCUACAGCAUGGUCUGGCAGGCGCGAGUCGAGAUUCCGAUGCGCACGUUCCUGAUCGACGGUCUGGACUGCGGGCUGGAGAUCGCUCGAGUUGGACGUUGGCGGGGUGGGGAUGAGACAGAUUUGCCCUUAUCUCGCUUGUAUGUUGUAUGCCUGUAUGUAGACAUUUGAUCCAUUACACAAAUAGAUACCCGGACUUGUCGU